AAUUCAGCUCAAUGCAGACGAAAUUUCUCCUAUGUCCAAAUCUUUCCCCGUUUCCACAUACUUUCUAAGUUCACGACGACGAUACAGUGUCCUUUAGCUAACUCCAUCCUCCAUUAUGCUCAGCUCCUCCGCCUUCGGUGGCGUAGACGUCUUCUGGCACGAAGGAAUGCUCCGACACGACGCCGUUGAAGGCGUCUUCGACACCGGGCUCGACCCAGGAUUCCUAGACGUGCUGGAGAAACACCCGGAGAACUCCGACCGCAUCAGGAACAUGGUUUCGAUUCUCCAACGUGGUCCCAUCUCUCCCCAUGUCAAUUGGUUUCCCGGUCGUCCCGCAAUCGUAUCGGAGCUUCUUACGUUUCACUCUUCAGAAUACGUUAACAAACUAAUGGAGGCAGAUAAAUCAGGAGAAAGGCGUGAAAUCGCCGCAGGUACUUUCAUGAGGCCAGGCUCGUGGGAAGCUGCUCUUCUUGCAGCUGGAACUGCUCUUUCAGCUAUGCAACACAUUCUUGACAGCUAUGGGAAAAUUGCAUAUGCUCUGGUACGCCCACCAGGCCACCACUCACAGCCUUCUCAAGCCGAUGGCUACUGCUUCCUCAACAACGCGGCUCUUGCGGUGAAGCUGGCACUGAAUUCGGAUUCUUGUUCCCGAGUUGCGGUUAUUGACAUCGAUGUGCACUACGGAAAUGGCACAGCUCAAGGGUUUUACAGCUCUGACAAGGUUCUUACGGUGUCUCUACAUAUGAACCAUGGGUCUUGGGGCUCGUCUCACCCACAGAAAGGGUCUAUUGAUGAACUUGGUGAAGGCGUGGGGUUGGGUUAUAACCUGAAUGUCCCUUUACCUAAUGGGACAGGUGAUCGGGGUUAUGAAUAUGCCAUGACUGAGCUGGUGGUUCCUGCAGUUUCAAGGUUUGGACCCGAUAUGGUUGUUCUUGUUGUUGGUCAAGACUCCAGCGCUUUUGAUCCAAACGGGAGACAAAGCCUGACGAUGAAUGGAUUUCGAAAGAUUGGGCAGAUAAUGAGGGGAGUGGCAGAGGAGCACAGCCAUGGAAGGUUGCUUAUGGUGCAAGAAGGUGGGUAUCAUGUAACAUAUGCAGCCUACUGCCUCCACGCCAUGCUCGAAGGCGUCUUGAAGAUUCCGGAACCGCAUCUAUCUGAUCCUAUAGCUUAUUAUCCUGAAGAAGAAGCCAUUGCUGUUGAAGCUGUGGAAUCAAUCAAAAGAUACCACUCGGAAUUUGUUCCAUUUCUUAGAGGAACUUGAAGAUGUGUCGAACGAAAUUGGUUUAUUUGGUUCCUCGUUGUGUUGCCACUUUUUUUUUAUAACAUAAAUGGCUAAAGAAGAACCACUUUUAUACAUAUAAAACUGAGGUCACAGGUUUUAGGCCUUUCUGCCACUCCA